AUGGCUGAGCCAGCCCUUCCACCGCUGAUAAUGGGCGGAGCGGGAUUCAGUUACCAGCUGCACCCAUCACCGCAGUCGUUGCCGGUCCUCGACAUCAUUCAGCAUGCUUUCGCGCUGGGACUGAGAUCGAUCGACACUUCGCCUUACUACGAGCCAUCUGAGGAGCUUCUGGGUGCUGCGCUUUCCAGUACGGAAAUCUCGUCCGUCUACCGUCGUGAGCAAUAUCAAAUCAUGACCAAAUGUGGCCGGAUAGCCUCAGACCAGUUCGACUAUUCGCCGGCUUGGAUACGGAAGUCAGUCGCUCGCUCACUACAGCGCUUCAACACUACCUACUUGGACGUGGUAUUCUGCCACGAUGUCGAAUUUGUCAGUCUCGAGGAAGCCGCUACAGCCGUGGGAACUCUGUUUGACCUAAAGAGGCAGGGCAUGAUCAAAAAUGUGGGCAUUUCGGCAUACGACAUUGACUCCCUGAUCGCUGUGUCGCAAAGGGUUCUUGCCGACUACUCACAGCCUAUCGACGUCGUCCAGAAUUGGGCGCAGCUCUCAUUGCAGAACACACGCCUUGAGGUUCAUGGCCUCCCUGCGCUCAAGGCCGCCGGUGUCAAGGCAGUCUGCAAUGCUAGUCCGCUUGCAUGUGGCCUACUACGAUCGGGAGGCGUCCCCGUUGGGAAACUCGGUGACUGGCAUCCAGCGCCAGCAGGCCUAAGAGCUGCAUCACAGCGAGCUUCGACAUGGGUCGAGGAAAAGGGCGACUCUUUGGCGUCGGUAGGACUCCGCUAUGCCUUGGUCAGGUCGUUACGGUGCUCCGAGCCUGGCUUUGCGCUUUCCACCAUAACCGGAAUCAGCACGAUCGCGGAUCUGGUACAGAAUGUGAUGACAGCGAGCCGAAUCUUGAAGAGACUAGCAAUUGCCGAUCGAGAGCUGACAUUAGAUCCGAAAUCGCUGAUAGGCUGUACAGUGCUUGACGAGAAUGCGGCAGCCGCUGAUGAACUGCUUUUUGACAGCGUCCGCCGAAUACUCGAUCGUUGGGUUGACUACGACUUCUCGGCAUCGCCUACAAUAGUUCCCGUGGAAGAGAAGCAAUCAGUGGUUUCAGUGACUACAACACCAUAUCAAUAG